UACACGAGGAGUAGCCAGCGAAUAUUGUCUUUAGUACAGCGUAUAUCAUACUGCCUCUAUUAUUCUGCGACAAUUUGCUACUGCAUCAGAAAUCAACCAUUGGUUCGAGCUAAGUAUUUUUCAAAGUAUUUUUUCAAUUGUUGUCAAUAUUUCCAACAAAACUUUCACGCCAUUGAAACACUCUUCUGCCAUUGAAGCAAGUUAGGUGAACCGGCAGCUGCCGAGGACGGAUUCGAGAAAGGUCAAUGCUAUCUUUGGAUUGAUUGUGCAGGAGUAUAAGGUCAACUGAAGCUAGUAGCCACCCGGGGUAUAUCAAUCCCUGGUAAGUUCAUUUGGUUAUGCUUGGAGCCCAUUUUUGCUGAAAUUUGUUGAUAUUAACCUUUGGAUUCACUUUCUUGCGAGGUAUUACACUUACUGAUCUUUUUGCUGCCGGAUUAUGCCGUUGACGACCUUUCUCUGUCUAAAGGUCCAAUCAAUCUAAGUGGUUAUGAAGCUGCAGUUAGGAAUGGUGAAAUGAAGCUGUGUGUGCUUGCUGUUAGUAAGGAAUUAGUUACGUUUAGCUCGCAACCUCUUUUGGAGUCACCAGCAAUAUCAAAUGCUGGGAGGCAUUUGUCAGCAGCUGAGUUUCAUUCGGUUCUUCAUGGUGCCGGAAAUAAUUUGGAGAGUGAGGGUCAAUCUGGGGGUAAACCAGUUAUUUUGUUAGAUGCAAGGAAUGUAUAUGAAACAAGAAUUGGAAAGUUUGAAACCUCCAAUGUAGAAACUCUUGAUCCAGAAAUUAGGAAAUAUAGUGAUCUACCUUCUUGGAUCAAUAGUCAUGCAGAGCAGUUGCAAGGCAAAUCCGUUCUCAUGUAUUGCACUGGUGGAAUAAGAUGCGAGAUGGCAUCAACCUAUAUUAGAUCCAAAGGUCAUGGUUUCGAAAACGUCUUACAGGUUGGAAUUGCAGGUGCAGUUGGAUACAAAGAAGCUAGUGGUGCUGGUCAAGAUGAAGUUGCAGCUGCAGGUGGACUGGUUGGCGUGGGAUGCAGUAGUGUUUGAAAUGCAGUUAGGAGAUUAAGAUUGAAAGUCAUGAGCAGAUGGUGUUUGAGACUGUGGUGCUCAGAAGAUGAUUACAUGUGGUGAACAGAAUGAAUGGAAACUUUGUCCAGUGGAGCUAGUUAAGGUACGCGAGAACCAUCCUCAGGGAGUUAGAUUUAAAGAUACUAAGGAUGCUCACAAGUGUAUAGAGCUAAUGAAUGUAAGAUGGUAAGUACUGCUACACUUUUGUGUCCAAAAUUCUUUUUAUCAUCAUAGUUGUUAGAGUUCGGCACUAAACUAAGUUAGUCUUAUUGAAAUCAAGAGUAACUCAUAUGUAUACCAUGCAUGUGUAGAUGAACAUAUAGUUGUUUUCUUCUCUUCUUUUGUAAUUUUCUUAAAUGUUGAACAUAUCAAUGUCAAUAUAAGCAAUACUGCAUAUGAGUAUUUGCAGAAUAUGAUUGUAUGGAUUGAAUCUCUGGGUCAUGGGUAGUUGCAGUAUAAAAUAGA